UAGCUUUACAGCUCCGCGCAGAAGCAGGAGGUUUUGGUGCUUGAAAACUACGUUUCCCAGGUUUCCCUGCGGUCGGGUUACAGACUCCGCGAGGUGCAGACUCAAAGUCCGUCCAGUGCUUCGCUACCUACUCAUUGAAGACGCACGAUGUCCGCAUUGCCGACUACAGACCAGCCUCCUGAGGAUGUUGAGAGUGAUGACUGCCUCCUGUCCUACAACUACCUCUACAGCCCGACUCUGCUCCAGGGCAGAGUGGCCUUCAUCACCGGAGGGGGCUCUGGAAUUGGAUUCCGAAUUGCUGAGAUUUUCAUGAGGCACGGUUGCAACACGGUCAUCGUUAGCAGGAACCUACAGAGGGUGACCGAGGCAGCUGAGAAGUUGCGGGCAGCGACCGGCCGACACUGCCUUGCAUUGUCCGCUGAUGUGAGGAAUCCCCAGACCCUUUCUGAUACCGUGGAGGAAGCUCUGAAGACCUUCUCCAGAAUAGACAUCCUUGUGAACAAUGCCGCCGGGAAUUUUCUCUGUCCUGCUAGCAGCUUGUCUUUCAACGCCUUUAAGUCCGUCAUGGACAUAGACACAAUGGGCACAUUCAACGCCAGCAAGAUCCUGUUUGAGAGUUACUUCCGGGAUCACGGUGGAGUCAUUUUAAACAUCACAGCCACGCUGAGCUACAAGGGGAACGUCCUGCAGAUGCACGCCGGCAGUGCCAAGGCAGCCAUAGAUGCCAUGACCAAGCACCUGGCGGUGGAGUGGGGUCCAAGCAAAGUGCGGGUCAACAGCUUGGCCCCUGGGCCCAUAGCUGGCACAGAAGGGUUGCGUCGACUGCGUGGAGAAGCCGCAGAGGCGAUGGGUUUUUGGAAUACCAUCCCCUUACAACGGCCAGGGAACAAGACUGAGAUUGCACAUGGAGCCCUCUUCCUGGUUAGCCCCCUGGCGUCCUACGUGACUGGCACAACCCUGGUGAUGGACGGCGGUUCCUGGAUGACCUCGCCCAAUCAUUUGGCAACAAUGCUGGGUACCCCUCCUUCUCCUCACCUAUAGAUCUCUGGUCUGAGAUGAGGAAAGCAAAUGAAGCGACUGCAGCCACUGAUCACGCGGGACCUGAUCGACACUGAUUGCCACCCUGAACAUUCCCUCUUCACCCUAAGCUAAUGUGACAAUGGGUGACUGCUGGUCAUAGCUGGACCGUGGCAGUAUGUGCGGACACAGAAUGGUUAGUUAGAAGCCCGCUUGUAGUCACUUUGGGGGGGGGGGAGGUGCAGGGUGACACGCCCUUGCACUUUAGAUUAUGGACAAUGAUUACCGGUAAUUAUAAAAUUUGUAUAUUGUA